AUGCCCUCUGUGAUUUUGCGUUUUACUUUUUCUAACGGUUAUCCGUCAGAAAAUGGUCCAAAAUUUGAUAUUUCAGCUCCAACUUUGCGAAAGGAUCAGUACUCAGAGUUAUUGCUGAUCCUGCGUAAUUUGUGUGAAGCGUCCGUUGGCACUCCUGUAAUAUACUCAAUGAUUGAAACUAUUAGGUCUUUUCUUGGAAACCUAUCGGACGGGGCUGAUGUGGCCACACCUGAUGUUCACGAAACUUCCGUAAAUGCUUGUAUCCGAAAAUCAGGUGUUGAAACUAUUUACACUCUGCCAAGCGUUCGUGACCAUGUGGCUUCCGUGGGUCGGCGUUUACCGCUUGCGUUCGGAGUGAUCUGCCCCACAAUUUAUCAUGGUGACAUAGUUACCGAUCGCAAGAGUGUGUUUCAGGCUCAUUGCUGCCGGGUUUCAUCUCUUCCCGAAGUAUCGGCUUUUAUCAGCACGGUGCUUGAAGACAAAAAAGUAUCUACUGCAACUCACAAUAUAGCUGCUUGGUAUCUCCGCACAAAGAUAAACCCCAACGCGUCCAAAGCGUCGCUUGUUGCAGAUUACGAUGACGACGGGGAGGCUCACGCAGGUGGCCGUUUGCUUCAUUUUAUCACUAUGGCUUGUGUGGAUGGCGUCGCUGUCAUGGUCACGAGAUGGUUUGGUGGAAUUCACUUGGGGCCUGACAGAUUCAGACACAUUAACAAUGCCGCCAGCCAGCUUCUAACACAGCAGGGACUUACAAAAGGUACCGCAACCAUUCCCAGUAACCAAACAAAAACCAAAGACCGAGUCAAGAAAAGGAAGUAA